AAAGUGCUGAAGAAUGACUACUUCUAUCUAAGAUCAGCCUUUCCCCUGGGGCUGCCGGAGGAGUUUGCAUUUGCGGCCGUGCUGCGCGUGAGCGCCAGCACCACACGCGAAGACUGGAACAUCUGGCAAGUGCAGGACAUUAAUGGCAACGAGCAGCUGGCCGUCCGACUCAACGGGGAGUCUAAGUCUCUGGAGUUUACCUUCACAGCGCCGGACACCGGGAGGCAGACUGUUGCCUUCAGCCCCCUGGCCGCUCUUUUCAACGAUCAGUGGCACAGAGUCCUGCUGGACGUCAGCGGGCGCUCCGCGACCCUUUUCGUGGACUGUGCCAUGGUCGGCUCUCAGCGCACACCCCUCCGACAAAAAGUCAGUCUGGAUGGGUUCACGUUGAUAGGAAAACUCAAGGACAACCCAGUGAUGGCAACUCCGUUUGAACUCCAGUCACUGCUGAUUCACUGCGAUGUGACGCGAGCCAGGACGGAGGCUUGUUACGAGCUCCCGGCCAGGACGUCGGCUAGUCGUCCUCACCAGUGGUUCUUGAUGAUUGGAGUGCAAACUUCCAUUUGCCACCCCUAG